UUUAGAGCACUUCAUUAAUACAAAAAAAUAUGUAUCUCUUUAACACUUCUCCACUUUCUUUCCACCACCACCACUCACCGCCGGAGAAAAAAAACAACCACCAUGAAAGACUGUGAACAACCACGGCCACUCUCGCCGGAAAGAAGCAGGCGAAUAAUAUGGUCAAUAAUCUUCAUCCUCUUCAUCAUCUUCCUAACAAUCCUCCUCAUUUGGGCAUUCUCCAACCUUCAAAGCCACGUUUCCUCCUCCAAGACGCCACCGUCUACGCUUCAACGUCUCCGGCAAUCACCUAACCUCAUCACCUCCAACUUCCAAAUCACUCUCUCUUCCCGGAACCCUAACGACAAGAUCGGCGUUUACUACGACCGCCUUGACGGACACAAAGAAGUCAACAUCUGGUCGCCGUUUGUCUACGGAACCUCCGUUCCCAUCGCUCCUUUUAACGGCGUUGGUCUCGACGACGAUAAAGAUAACGGCGCCAUUAUGUUGAUCAUUCGUGCUGAUGGUAGAGUUCGGUGGAAGCCGGCUAAAGCUCACCGCAGCUACGACUCUCCUGGAUUCGGAUGCUGUUGCUUCAGCUGCCUCGGAAGCUGUCUACGCUGCUGCGGUUGCUGCAUCUUAAGCCUGAUCUGCAACAUCCUCAUAGCUAUAGCCGUAAUCCUCGCAAUCACCGGUUUCAUUCUCUGGCUCAUCUUCCGUCCAAACGCUGUCAAAUUCUACGUCGCCGACGCAAAUCUGAACCGAUUCAGCUUCGAGUCAAACAACAACAGCAAUCUCCAUUACAGUCUCGAUCUCAAUUUCACAAUCCGUAACCCUAAUCAACGAGUCGGAGUUUACUACGAUGAGAUCUCGGUGAGUGGCUAUUACGGUGAUCAGAGAUUCGGAUCUGUGAACGUUUCGUCGUUUUAUCAAGGGCAUAAGAAUACGACGGUGGUUUUAACCAAAAUUGAAGGACAGAAUCUGGUGGUGCUUGGCGACGGAGCGAGAACAGAUCUGAAGGAGGAUGAGAAAUCUGGGAUUUAUCGGAUUGAUGCGAAAUUGCGGCUAAGUGUUAGGUUUAAGUUUUGGGUGAUUAAGUCGUGGAAGCUUAAACCAAAGAUUAAGUGUGAUGAUCUUAAGAUUCCUCUUGGUUCCUCUAAUUCAACCGGAGGGUUUAAGUUUCAACCGACCCAAAUCAAGGGGGUUCGUGGCGGGGAGAAGGUUCUGCGAGACGCCACCGGUAAGAGCUCUACCGGCGGUGUGGCGACGCAGAGUGAAGAUGGAGGUCUACGACUGGUAAGGCAAAGCUAUGCCACCGUCGAUGGUUGUCCUCUUCUACUCCCUACUGCUUUAUCUUUCUCUCGACUGAGCUGUGGUUUCCCGACGGAUCUAGAUCGGUUUCUUCUUCCUUCUCUUCACAGCUCUACGGUGGCGGGAUGGCGAUGGUCCUGUGUCGCCUUCUCCGUUCGACCUCCGUCUUCCUGGCUCACCGGUGGUCCUGUUCCGGCGAGUUUCCGCGGCUCUGUGGAAGGCGGCUUCGAUUAGGGAUACUAAAAGUUCAAAAUCUAG